CUCUUAUAUAUAACUCUAAUUUUUUUUUUUUUUGGGUAAUAUUGUAUGAAAAUUACUUCAUGUCUAUGAUAAAAAUGUCAUACAAUAACUACCAUAAGUAACACUUUUAGUUUCGAUUUCAAUUUAAUCUAAAUUCUUACAAUUUGACCGACACUUAUUUUCAUCCCUCCCAAAACUAAUUUUUCCUAUCUUCUCAUCACUUGAAAACGGCAUACCAUCACGUGGUUUCUGUUCUGAUCCAGCUUUCUUUCACAAAACACAACUCUUCUCUUUCUUCUAAGAAGAAACACAAGUCUGAUAUUCCUUCAAUACUUCCUUUUUUAAUUCAAAUUUCUCAAUUCUAAAUACUGUUUUUAAUGUUCUUCCUAAUUUUCUCCAAUCAUCAACACUGUUAAAUUUCCUUAAACAAUUCGUGUAUCUCCAAUUCCCCUUGUUCUCUGACACUGUUUCCUUCUCUCUCUCUUCUUUCCCACUCAAAUUGCAGAUCUCACUGAAUUUUCCCAGAAAAUUAUGGGAAUUAACAGGAUGUUUCCAGAUUCCAAAGGGGGCCAAAUGUUGAUGGUGGGUUUGAUUUUGAUUGCUGCCGCUUUUUAUGGAGGCACCCUCUUUGCCAAUAAUGCCCCUCUUUUGGAAAUGCCCACUUCCUCCAAUUUUUCUACUGUACCACAUGUUGCAGAUUCCUCAAGCUUUACAAAUAGAGUUGCACUUAGUUAUCGAAGGACACCAUUGAUGAUUUCUCAAUCAGGGAUGAAUGUAUGCCCAAUCAACAUAAAUGAACACAUACCUUGCCACGAUCCUUCUUAUGUGAAAGAAUUGCUCCCAUCUCUUGAUCUUUCGAGGAAAGAGGAACUGGGGAGGCACUGCCCUCCUCUUGACAAACGCUUAUUCUGUUUGAUACCACCCCCUAAGGAUUAUAAAAUACCAAUCAGGUGGCCAACCAGCAGGGAUUAUGUCUGGCGGAGUAAUGUGAAUCAUACUCACCUUGCAGAAGUGAAAGGAGGUCAAAAUUGGGUUCAUGAAAAGGGGCAGCUGUGGUGGUUUCCCGGUGGUGGUACUCAUUUCAAGCAUGGAGCUGUUGAAUACAUUCAAAGGUUAGGAAAUAUGACCACUAAUGAGACAGGUGAUCUCCGUAAUGCAGGGGUGUUUCAGGUUCUAGAUGUUGGCUGUGGUGUUGCCAGCUUUGGAGCAUAUCUACUGCCAUUAGAUAUACAAACAAUGUCCUUUGCCCCCAAAGAUGGGCAUGAGAAUCAGAUUCAGUUUGCUUUAGAACGAGGAAUUGGUGCAAUGAUUGCUGCCAUAUCUACAAAACAACUUCCUUAUCCCACAAGCUCAUUCGAAAUGGUACAUUGUUCAAGAUGCCGUGUUGAUUGGCACGAAAAUGAUGGCAUCCUGCUGAGAGAAGUUGACCGCCUUUUAAGACCAAAAGGAUACUUUGUAUACUCUGCCCCACCGGCAUACAGAAAAGAUAAAGAUUACCCCAUGAUAUGGGAUAAGUUGGUGAAUAUAACAACAGCCAUGUGUUGGAAACUCAUAGCUAAAAAGGUUCAAACAGCAAUCUGGGUUAAACCAGGGGAUCAAACAUGUGUCCAGCAGAAUGCGGAACAAAACCUGGUACAAAUAUGUGACAUGACCAAUGAUUUAAAGCCAUCAUGGAAUAAACCACUGAAGAAUUGUGUAACCUUGAGUGGUGAACUAGCAAAUACUGAUAAACUUCCUCCACGGCCAGAGCGUCUUUCUGUGUAUUCUGAGAGUCUCAGUAGACUAGGUGUUAAUCGAGAGCAAUUUACUAUGGACUCAGUAUUUUGGAAGAAUCAAGUUGAGCAGUAUUGGAUGUUGAUGAAUGUUAGCAAGACACAGAUUCGAAAUGUUAUGGAUAUGAAUGCCCUCUGGGGUGGUUUUGCUGCAGCAUUAAACUCAUAUCCUGUUUGGGUCAUGAAUGUGGUUCCUUCAACCGCGGAUGAUACGUUGACUGCUAUUUACAGUAGAGGUUUGCUCGGUGCUUUUCAUGAUUGGUGUGAGCCAUUUUCAACUUAUCCUCGAUCUUAUGAUCUUUUGCAUGCGAGUUAUCUUUUCUCUCAUUACAAAGAUCACAACAAGAAUUGUUUGCUUGAGGAUAUCAUGCUGGAGAUGGAUCGUAUUCUGAGACCUGAGGGAUUUAUAAUUAUCAGGGAUGAAGAACCAAUCAUUUCGAGAAUUAAGGAUCUUGCACCGAAGUUCCUUUGGGAUGUGAGUUCAUACCAGAUGCAAAACAAACAAAAUGAAAACGAAUCUGUACUUGUUUGCAGGAAAAAAUUCUGGGCAAUUGUUUGAAAGAUGUGUGUUAAACGAAAUACGGACAGUCAUUAAUACAAAUACUCCCCAGAAUCCCCUGGAUACAUCCAGUUGAAGUAUAUAACAGGUGUGAGUUUGGGACAAAGGAAGAGUAGACAAAGAAGCAUUUUGCAACUGUGUUAGCUUUUUUUUCUUCUAAGUUUGUUCUCAUGGCAGGGCUUGGGCUUUUUUUUUUUCUUCUUUUUUUUUUUUUGGGUAGAAAUAGUGAUGGAGGAAAAAAAAAGGCAAUAGUUUAGUUCUAAUUUGCUGUAUGAAUACCAUUUAAUUAAUUUAUCUUUCCUCUUUACAUAAAUCAAGGCAAUCUAGGUGAGAAGAUCAAUAUUGUUAUUGUA